AUGAACACGGCUUGUAGGAACCUACUUCCCCAGGGUAAAUUUUUACCCUUGCGCAUGGUGGUACGCAAGCACGUUGGGGAUAUCAGCAAGUAUGGACCUGUCCACCCAGCCAGUGGCGCAACCACGUACGAACCAUUGGAGGGCAAAAUAGGAAGUACCUUUUUUUGCCAUGGAAAAAGAAGCUUGUCCGUCUGCACGCAGAACGAAUUAAUCAGACGCUGCGAUGAAAGAUCCGCUGAAAACGGGAGUAGUAACGAAAGGGGGCAUAAAUGUGAUGAAAUUAUGGCCCAUUGUGAUACCCAUGCGGAAAGACACAAAAGCGAACUUAAUGGAAAAAUACUUGGCGACCUUAUUUCGUUAAGGAGGAUGCAAAAUAGAGACUGCGAAAGGUUGAAGCUGAUAUGUCAACAUAUUUUCAGAAACAUUAAUUUUUACAAUUUACACGAAAUAGCGGAUAUUUUAAAAUGCAUCAAUUUUUUUAGCAUAAUUUUAAAAAAGGAGGACCUUCACAAAUUGGUGAAAAGACUUAAAGUGUUAACAUUUAAUAAGAGGGAGGAGGAAAAGGUGAUGUACCAAAUCAUCCCAAACCUGUUAAGGAUAAAAGUCGCCAAGGAAUACCAGGAUAAAAAAUUAUCCUAUACCCUGACAAGUUUCAUAAAUGACUUGCUCCGCUUUUGGUUGAUAUUGCCUCGUUCAGAUAUGUCUAUCCGUACUACCAGUUAUUUAAGCUACGUGUACUUUGUAAAGGAGGUACAGCUAAUUAUUCUCAAUCAGUUCUGCUCAUGGUUGGAUGAAAAAUAUAUCGAUAGUUCUGUGUUCACUUUUUUACAGUCAUUUCAAAGCUCAAUAGGAAGAAAAAGUAGAUACCUAGAUUAUCCCUUCGUAGGAGAAGUCCGUGAAAUUUUAUUAAAAUUAAAUUGCCAAAUAGAGGUCCUAAAUAUGUAUAACUAUAGUGUGCCCAUUUUUGUAAAAGACUUUUAUCUAAUUGUAGAAUGUAUAGGCAAUAAUGAUACUUUUCAGGGGACCCUAACACUUACUCCCUAUUUUUCCGAACGUUAUGAGUUAUUUAAGAGGCUGGGUUUCAAAGUUUUGCAUCUCUAUAAGGAGCUCAUGCCUAGCGCUUCGGAGGAUAAGUUAAAUUUUGUGAAGCAGUCCUUAUAUUCCAUCAUCAAGUAG